AUGUUCGUCCAGGGCGUUGGAAGUCUUCUCGCAGUUCACUUUGGGGGUCGACACUAUGAAAUUCUGAAAGCUUUAUUCUAUCACCACAUGCUUGAUCAGGGGAUUUUCAUCGCCAGGAGAGGUUUCAUAACCCUGAGUAUUGAGACAAAGGACCGCCAUGUUGAGCAAUUCAUGCGUGCUCUGGUCGAAUUUGUCGACAAUUAUCGAGAUUUCCUGGUACAAAACGAGAGAAGAGAUAAUCUCCGACGAUGGCAGGGUUCUGUUGUCUUGUAG